AAAAACCCUACUUCCAUUUCUGACCUAACUUGUCCCUAGAACCUUCCAUUCCCAUCCAGAACCACUGCUUCUAGUACCGUAUUAAAAAACCCUCACACUGCACUCUACAUCGUUAUUUGCAGAAAAACCCUAAUCCUUUAACUGUAGCAGAGAGAAAUGGCGAAGCGUUUGAUUCCAACCUUCAACCGAAUCCUCGUCGAGAAAAUUGUCCCUCCUUCCAAGACCUCCGCUGGAAUUCUCCUCCCGGAGAAAACCUCCCAGCUUAAUUCGGGAAAGGUAGUAGCAGUUGGUCCUGGAUCGCGAGACAAAUCAGGGAAUUUGAUUCCAGUCUCUGUCAAGGAAGGUGACCAUGUCCUCUUGCCGGAAUACGGUGGCUCUCAAAUUAAACUCGAUGACAAAGAGUUCCAUUUGUUCAGGGAUGAGGACAUUUUGGGCAUUCUGCAUGAUUGAUGUUUGCUUGUGUUCAGAUUGGUUAAAAAUAACUUAAAUUUAGUGUCCAAUGUAAUUUGGUACAAGUAUUUGAGAUGGAUUUUCUUUUUUUCUAUUAAAGCUGUGAUGUUUAUGCCUGUAUUCGGAUAGAUUUGAAAGGGAAUAGUUUUUUUUGCCGUUGUUAUGGUUUAUUUGUCUUUGUUCCUAUUGCUGUAUUUGAUUCUAGCUAACCUUGUUCUUCCGAUUUUAAUGUUGGUAA